CAAAAAUCUUUAAUUCAAAAAGACUGAAAUCUAAGUUGUAUUUCUCCGAAGUUCCAAAAAUUAAUAUGGACAUUUUUAAAGCGAUAUAUCUUUCUACUAUUCUUUUCUUAUAAAGCAAUUCAAAAUGUGAAACUAUUUAUCGUGUCAAAAUUAAAUUGAUAGAUCACAAUCACAUGAUCGGGGAAAUGUAUCUGGAGUCGUUGAAAAACGUGGUAGCUGUUGCCUUUCUUGUAGUUCUACUCAUUAACGGCUAUAUCACUCAGUGUUCCUUCCAAGACUGCGUGGUUCCCGACGGAAGCACACUACACGAAAUGUGCCAUCUGACGUCCAGUUUCGUUGACUGUUUGAACAAGUCUUUUGUACAGAACAAUCAAUGUACUAUUCCGAUCAGAAAGGACUGGAGAAACAGAAUCGUACAAAUACAGCGACUUAUUCAAGACAAAGGAUGUUUUAAAAGCGGUCAAGUUGGACAUCUGGACAAACACACUAAUUUGACCUCCGUCACAGUGGUAUUGACCUGUGUCCUUGUGGCCCACACAGUAACGUCCAGCCUGUUUUUCUAGGCCAAUCCCAAAAGUGCACAAACAAAUACUUAUCGCAAUCGUUGGUCACGGCCGCGGUCACUCUUACAUUUAAAUAAACUACGUCCCUCCUGUUCCACUCCCCUCCCACCCUUUAACUUGACCAGUUUAUCUCAAGGGGACUAGCCCGAGGGCGGAAAACAAACAAUGUAAAUCAGGUGUGCAGAAAUCCACUUCAAUAUUGCAGUACUUACAGAAUAGGUAAUCCUGACUAGGAAGAUGAAUGGCCUUGUUCCUAGGGACUUCUUGAGUUCACUUCCUAACUUUCAAAGUGUUUCUAAAAAGUUGGAACAUGUUUUUCUCCCAUUUCCCAUUCUCGGAUCAAAUUAAAACUUUGCACAGUUAUUCAUUGAGCCUGACAAGACAUGAAUUAAUAAAAAAAAAGAAACAAAUUAAUUAUUCUUGGUGAUUAAUUAUUUUGUUUGAUAUGGAAAUAAGGGAAAUAAAUGCUACUUAAUUGGAGAUGUUGAUGUAUAUAUGGAUCUAAUUUCCUUAUAACGUUUUGACACGUUUUUUUUCUCCCACAUCCCCAUUCUUGGAUCAAGUAGAAAUUUGGAAUAAUUAUUCUUAGCUGAUAAAAUAAUUAAUCAUCAAUAAUUAAUUAACUAAUUAGUUAAGUAUGUAUUGAUACACGUCUUGUCAAGUAACAUGAAUAAUUGUGCGAAUUUUCAACUUGAUCCGAGAACGUUCAAACUUUUUACCAGGCAGACAAAUAGACAGACAGAAAGACAGUGUGCAUUGAUAUAAACUUUGUAAAUAUUCACUAUUGUGAAAGUUGAAAAGAGGAGACUAGCAAAACACGUGAGGCAGAAAAGAUGUGUAUAUUUUAAGUGAAGAACAUCUUGUUUAAAUUAUCAUUUCAAAUGUGUUUCAAUUGACAUCUCCUUUUAAGCUG